CUAAAGAUUUGUUUAUAAAAUAUAUUUUCUUUAGCAGUUCUCUAUUCAGAUAAGCUUAUUUAUUAUGAGCCGUUUAUUGUUUUAACUUUUGUGCCUUUACAUAAUAUUAACAACUAGAAAAUGGAGAACGAAGAGGACUGUAAAUGUGUGAAGAUCGUGGGCCACCUAGAGGAGGUCCGCUGGUUGUUGUGGCCACGAGACAACCGCGCCAGCCCGGGGGCACUAGCUCUGGGCGACUGGAUCAAGAACCCCUUCAUUUGGCUGCACUACGUCGAAAGCUCUGACGGCAUCUUGCCCGAGGAUCAGGUGCUUAUGAGCACGGACACUCGCUACUGGAGCAUCCACGACGUGCAACGAUACUUCUUCGGCGAUCUCCACUGCGAGCAGGUGCUCUUCACGUACCAAUAUCCCAACCUCAGGAUGCCCACGCGCCUUGGAAGCUAUUUCUGGAAAGCAAACACCGCGUUGAAACUACCGCCAAAGCUGUACCAAAAGGAAUUCCACCAAUCUUUGGAAAUCACAUUGAAGAAAAUGGAAGCUGAACAAUGCCAGAUGGAUCGCCUAAUGAUUUCGGAUCAAUUAAUUAAAAUUGAUCAAAGGUGUUCAGAUUUAGUGAAAGACUUUCAACAAAGGUUCGGCAAAGAAGUAGAAGCUGAGGAGCAGGCGGAAAUGUCGCCUGAUGACGCACCCCAUGAGAAUCCUUACAAGGUGGACAGACGACUUCUUGACGAAAUUGAUAGGAAACUUCAACAGCUGCUACUUGAGGGCAAAAGGGCUAAAAAAGAUGCUGCAGACAGCAUCGUACUAUCAGGAUCAGACCCAAAAAGACCAUGGAGAACUAACUCGAGUAAGGAAAAAUUGCUGCGCAUAGAAAAUGAGUUGAAAAGACACAUUGAGAAGGCUUCUGAUAAAAUAACACCUUUAAACGAUGGUGAUAUGAAGGAAUUGGUGAAGGAAUGCCAGGAAGAGAAUCUUCGUAUACGCGACUACGAUAAUGUAAGAAGAUUUUUGACGCCCAGCAUACCACUUCGGGAAACUCAUCUUCAAUUGGGUAUAGACAUGAAAAUGAAGCAACGGCAAGACUCAGAUCUGAGUUGUUUUAUUCGCCAUGUUGCUUUUCGUUACGCGCACAAUCUUGUAACGUUGAGCAUACAUCAAUGGAGGUUCGCGACAUUCCCUCUACGCAGAGUGUUCGAGCUUAUGCCGAGGCUGGUGCGGUUCAUGUACGUCGGCGCUGUGGCCGAUGAGGUCGAUCUCAGGAGAAUGCUUCAGAUCAUAGCGUGUGGCGUGUGUGAUAAACUGAAACAAGUCAGUAUUCAAAUUCAAGAUGAUGAACCUAAACGAAGUUAUUGGAAGCAAGUAGCUGAUAUAUUGAAUGAAGAAUACGCCGAAAUAAUGCAAUUAUUUGAAAUUAACUUCUGUUUAGACAUUUACAAACUAUAA